AUGGGCCGUGGUGGUUUUCAUGGUGGACGGGCUGCUCCUACCUGUCCUAGAUAUGGCUGUAGACAUCCAGGUGCCACCCACUCUUUCGUUUCGGCAGUAUAUGCUAAGUUAACGGGGUAUGAGGCACAAUUGUUAGAUAUUGGGUUGGCUGUAGCUACACCGAUUGGGUCAGUGAUGAGAUGUAGAAUAGUACUCAAAGAGUUGGCAGAGGUUAUGGCUAUAGUGAGGGAUGGUCAGGCAGAAGAGUUCAGCAUAUCAGAUGAUGGAACCCUGCGGUUCCAUACUAGGCUUUGUGUUCAUGUAGAUACCAAGAUCAGAAGAACUAUAUUGGAGGAGGCUCACAGAUCUGUAUACAUCGUUCAUCCUGGUAGCACUACAAUGUAUCACGAUCUGCGAAAGUACUUUUGGUGGAGUGGAAUGAAGAGAGGGAUAGCCGAGUUCGUCUAG